GUCGUUCGGGGGCGCGCGCAGCGGGCGCGCGGAGAUUGGCUACUUCGGUGGCCGCGCCUCAGGCCUGAGAGACUGCGCGAGCGAGCGGAGUGGGCGCGGAGGGUUCCCGCGGCUCCCUAGCUCCACAGGACUUGGCUUAACAGUGUGCUAGUAGUUUCUGCACAUGAUCGUCUAGAAUAUCAGAUGGAGAGGAGCCCAGGUAAUAAGAACAAAGCCCCACCCCCCAGCCCACAGAAGAUCACUGAAGUAGUCCUUGGUCUACUGAAAUUUUAAAAGAGAUAUAGCCAUUUGUCUUACACAAGAUACUUCAGUGAGAAGUGAGAGUGCUUCUGUAGAUAAGCAGCUGACUAUGAAUUCUGAGCAAAAUAUGCAUGAAUUAGGCAAUGAAGUCACAUCUGAGGACCUGGAGCCACCAGCGAGGAACUCCAGGAAUACACAGGCUAUGGGACCUUAUCCAGAUGAAGGGCCAUUUACAGAGUGCAGUAUUAUGGAAUAUGGAAAGAGUGAUAUGAAUUAUGAAUCUGAGACUUCUCGAGUUAUACCAGACUUAAAUAAAGAGACAUCAGUAGCAUAUCUUCAAAAAGAAUUGGAAAUUCUCAGAACAAGUAAUAAAAAGCUCCAAGAAAAAUUGACUAAAGAAGAUAAAGAAAAGAGAAAAUUAGAACUCAGGUUGGAACUCCAGGAGAAAGCCGCCGAGGCUGAAAUCGCUGAGCGGACAGCAGCUUUGGUGGAAGAAGUGUAUUUUGCACAGCGAGAACGUGAUGAAGCUAUGAUGUGCAGAUUGCAGCUAGCCCUUGAGGAGCGAGAUGAAGCAGUUGCACGUAUGAAGCAUAUGGAAAUGUCACUGAAAAUGCUAGAAAAUAUUAACCCUGAAGAAAAUGACAUGACAUUACAGGAAUUACUGAGCAGAAUAAACAAUGCAGACACUGGGAUAGCUAUUGAGAAGAAUGGAGCUCUAAUUGUGGAUAGAAUCUACAAGACCAAGGAGUGUAAAAGGAGAAUAACUGCAGAAGAGAUGAAGGCCGUGAUAGAGGAGCGCGAUGCAGCUUUGUCUCAGUGCAAACGGCUGCACCAGGAGCUUCAUCGUCUGAAAGAGCAGAAGCAGACUUCAGCAAACAACACGAGACACCCGACUGCUGAAAACAAUCAGGAACGUGCUCUGAAGGCAAAAUUGCUAUCGAUGCAGCAAGCCAGAGAAACUGCAGUUGAGCAGUACAAAAGGCUGGAGGAAGAAAUACAGACCUUACGGGUUUACUACAGUUUACACAAAUCAUUAUCUCAAGAAGAGAACUUGAAGGACCAGUUUAACCACGCCCUUAGUACCUAUGAAGAAGCCCUGAAAAACAGAGAGAGCGUUGUUUCCAUCACUCAACAGCAGAACGAAGAACUGGCCACCCAACUUGAGCAGGCUCUGACUCAGCAAGCAAGCAUGGAAUUACAGCUUCAGUGUGCUCUCGAGGUCUCCCAAGCAGCCAAUGAAAAAGUUCAGAAGUUAGAAAGGCUGGUGGAUGUCCUAAGGAAGAAGGUUGGAACAGGGGCCCUGAGGACAGUGAUCUGACUGAAAAACACCCAGUCUGGGGCAAGCAAUCACAUCUGGUGGCCAGGCUGCUUCAUUCAACACUGUGUAAACACUAAAAGCCUUAACUUAGCAAACAGUUGUUAGAAGUGGGACACUCCAACCACAUUCCAAGCUGAGAUAAAAUCAAAUCACAAAUGUUUAACCACUUUGCUGCUGACUUCAGUUAUUUAUCCAAAUAUAUUAACUACAGGCUUUUACCAA